AUGCUUAAUGGGAAGCUUUUGUUGAUCAGUGCGCUCAAAACGGUUUUUAGCUUCGUGUUGUAUUAUAGUUGGCAUGCUCUUUUACAACCUGGUUACGAACGAUCCGUUUCAUGUUGUCCAUUUGUCACUUAUCUUUGCUAUUCUCAUUUAGGUAAAGCAGUACUAAAUUCAUUACGAGUGGCGGAGAGGGUGAUAACUGAACAGGGGAGAAUCUUUAACACAGGAAACAGUGAGUCAAAAUUCAUGACGAUAGACUUGGAACACGGACCACAAGGGCUUGGUUUCAACAUAGUAGGAGGUAGCGACAGUCCACACAUCCCAGGACACAGUGGAAUUUUUGUAUCCAUUAUAAAACCGGACUCACCAGCUUAUAACGAUGGGAGGCUGUCUGUUGGUGAUCUUAUUCUGGCUGUUAAUGGAAUUGAGCUCGUUAAUAAAACACACGAUGAAGUUGUUUCUAUUUUCCGCUCACAAACGGGUUCUAUCGAACUACUUGUAGAAAUCGGUGCUGAAAGUAGAGUUUUGAACGAGGAUUUGGUUACUGAUACGCAUUUGACCUCUGGAAAAUCAUUCCUUGUUGAGAAUUCUGACUUCACAAAGAGCUCAUUGCGACCGCAGAUGCGACAAAGUCAAGGUAAUGGGUUGCCGCAUUCAAGCCCGUUGCCUUCAUAUGUGAACGAUUUGAAAUCCCGUGAAGAAGACAACGACUCGCCUAGCAGCUGUGCCCAAUCGGUGCAUUCUUAUUUGGAUGACGUGCCACGUACUCCGAAGAGACCGAUGAGUUAUUUAGAUCCUCGCAAUCCGUCACUUGUAACCGAAGUGCUAUACGUAUCAAUCGGUCUAGCGGUUAUUUCUCUUGGAGUAUAUGUGGGCUAUCGCGUCAUUCGUGGGAGAAGAUGA